AUGUACUCGUAUUUUACGCCCUCAGCUAUUUUUAUAGAGCGCUGCAGGCACCAUGUGGAUGUGGCCACUGGAUCCGGGAACGGGGACCUAAGAGCUGGGAGCUGGCAGGCGCUGCCUUUGCCACCAGUGCGAAAGUUUCACAGUCACAGUCACAGUGAUGACUCCCUUGAUGAUGAGCAAACGAUGUGCAGCCUCGAGGCGGCCAAGAAGAGCAUCAAAUAUUAUCUGCGGAACAGCUCCUUGCAUGGACUUAAGUAUAUAGCCGAAGAACGGAUUACCAUACCAGAGCGAGUCUUCUUUGGCAUAUCCUUUGUGCUUGUCGUCAUCCUCUCGGGCUUCUUCAUUUCCAACAUUUAUAUCAAGUGGAGCGCCUCGCCCAUCAUCAUCUCAACAAGCGCCAAGCAACAGCUGACCAGCAACAUUCCUUUUCCGGCCAUUACCAUAUGCAAUCUUAACCUGGCUCUGCGCAGUCGCGUCCAGCGCAUCUCACGCACCAGUGGAAAUUACUCGCUGCUGAUGAGUCUGUGCAGCAAGGGCGACGACCAGAAGAUCACGUACACCGGCACCUGGACGUACUUCAAGGCUCUGCUGGUUGAGGUGGCGCAGCCGUGCGAUGAGAUGCUGCUGCACUGCAGCUUUGGGUCGCGCAAGGAGAGCUGCCCGAUGAUCUUCAACUCGAUAUUGACCGACGACGGGUUGUGCUGCACGUUCAAUGCGCUGGAUCCCAUCUACUUGUUUCGCAACUAUACGGACGAUGUGCGCAUCGAGCCGGCGGCGGAGAAUUCCAUUUACGAGCCCAUCGAUUGGACGCCGGAGCUGGGCUAUGCUAAGAAAUUGCCGGAAUACUAUUAUCCCAGGACGUCCGGCGGCACGGGCAGUCGCAUGGGACUGACCGUCGUGUUGAAUGCCUCAACGGCGGAAUAUUACUGCACCAAGUCCAUGGGCAAUGGCUUCAAGGUGCUGGUGCAUAAUCCCGCUGAGCUGCCCAAGGUGAGCAACUUUGGGUUUGUGGUCAGUGCUGGCCGCGAGGCACGCAUACCCAUCGAGCCGGUCUAUGAGGAUGCCACGCCCAGCAUACGUUCGAUCAAAAAAACGGUGCGUCGCUGCCUGUUCUCGGAUGAGAACGACCUGGCCUAUUAUCGUACCUACUCGCGCAAGAACUGCGAGCUGGAGUGCGAGGCGAAGCUGCUGCUGCGCGACUGCAGCUGUGUGCUCUACUAUUUGCCGCGGAUUGACCCGGCGGCACGGGUCUGCGGGCCCAAUGACAACAACUGCACCAAUCGCAUACAGACCGAGAUUGAGUCAUCGAAAACGAAUCUGUCCUGCGAGAACUGUUGGCCCGGCUGCUUUGAGCUGACCUACAAGUCGAUUAUGACUAGCUCGACAAUUGUCGCCGGGACGAGCUAUCAGAGCGGCGAGGAGCUGCCCGAGAAGCUGUUCAAUGUCAGCCACAUUGGCGGAGACUACGAUCUAUCCAUACUCCAUUUUUACUAUCUCACCAACAACUUUCGUAGCACCACCAAAUCCGAGAUGUUCGGCUUCACCGAGUUUCUGUCCAACACUGGCGGCCUGUUAGGUCUGUUCAUGGGCUUCAGCAUUUUCUCUGUCAUUGAGAUCUUCUACUAUGUGACGAUGCGACCCUAUUGUGCCUCCCGCACGCUCCAGCAGCGACGUCGGCGCAGGCAGGCGGAGCUGCUUUGGCUGACCUCGGGGCGCCAGCGACGACGCCUCCAGCAGCGCCAGCGUCUGCCUCCGCCUCCGCCGUACAGCCAGCUGAAGGCGGCCUCCAAAGUUACCGAGGGCAAAAUCAAGCAAAGUCUUUGGCAAGCGUUGCGCGCCUCCCGUGAUCCGCUCGUCUAUCCCUAUUUGGAUUAG